GCAUCUUGGGCAGGCUUGCAAAGCAGGCAGCAUGGAGACCCUCGUGUGGAUGAAGCUCCUGACUGUCUUCUCACUAUUGUCCGGCCAGAUUGCGAUUACAGCAGCAACAUCAUUGGUGUGUGAGAGCUACGGAAGUGGUAUCAUCCAGCCCUUAUAUGGCACCCAGUUUUACGUGAGAACCAGCUGUGCUACUGAAUUCAUCAGCUUCACCUACGGAAAGGUGGAAUGCCGCAUCACUUUGACCCGAAACGAUGGUCUGAUUGUCAAGGCCGUGAUUGACAUUAACAAAAUGAAGACGGUCCUUGAAAACGGCAUUUUAUAUGUAAAGGACAACAAUGUCACCCUCCCAUAUGAUGACAUGUACCUGCAUAUCUUCCAAUACGGCAUCUACACCAAACUUACAAGCAGAAUCCUCCCAGCUUCUACAUCCAUCAUAUGGUACAAUGAGAACAGUAAGAUCACCACCUUUUGGGUGGAGCUGGAUGACAAACAAGUGUCUGUAACUUUAGGAUUUUGUGCGGAUAACAACACGAAGAAUAUCAUUUCUGAUAGUUCGUGUUUGACAACAACUCCGACACUUGACGGAUCAACGGAUUGUGAUUAUACAUCCGAAAUUAUUACCUGUCAACCUAAUCUUUCCCCAAAAAAUCGAUCACUUAUAAUGAAAUUAUGUAAGAAUAAUAUUGCAGAUAUAAACACAAAAAACAAAAUGAACGCACUCUGUUCAUAUUAUUACAAAAAUGUGCAAAGCUGUCCCCAGAGCAGCUAUAUCAAAGUUUCUAACUGGAGGACAAGGACAGGCUGCUCACCACCAACCUGCCCUGGUAACCAACAGUUUCAGGACUUUGGCAGCCCCUUUUCAGCAACGUGUUCCAAUCCCACUCCGGACACAAGCUCCCAAACAUCAAUCAGCACGUGUGUAUGCCCACAAGGGAUGGUUCUGAAUGACCUUCAAGGGCUACAGAAGUGUGUGGCUGUGAAGGACUGCCCAUGUACAUACGCAGGAAAGUUAUAUGAGCCCAACACACAGAGAAGGAAGAAAUGCCGAUCAUGCACAUGUCAGAGUGGAAAAUGGAAUUGCAUCGAACUGGCCUGUCCCUCAACCUGUGCAAUCACAGGAGAGUUUGUGAAGACUUUUGAUGGUGUGAAGUACAACCUACCUGGAUGGUGCAAAUAUGAAGCCUCGGGGAGCACAUGGACUUUAACCAUUCAACUGGCCAAGGAAACAGCUUCCAUUAAUGAAGUUUCUCUAAAAAUUCUACAGGAAACUUAUACAUUCAGUGAAAUGAGUGUGAAAGUUGAUGGGGAAGAUAUUAAGGAUUUCCACCAGACUGACAAUGUGACAGCAUUCUGGCAGUCUUCCACAAAUGUUCAACUGCACACUGCAUUUGACAUGAACGUUCAAGUCCAAGUAUCGCCAAAAAUCAAAGUCUACAUAACAUCACCAUUAACUGAAUAUGGCAAAACUAAAGGAAUUUGUGGGAACUACAAUGGCAACACCAAUGAUGAAUAUAUUUCGUCCUCUGGAAUAUUGUUGAGCAAUGCAGAGGCGUUUGCCAAGUCCUGGUCUCAGGCCACCUGCCAGGACAAAGACAACAAAGACUGCUCUUCCAUAGACACAGAAGGCUGCCAGUAUCUGAAGGAUCCCACAGGAAUAUUUGCUAAGUGCCAAAGUGUGGUGCCAUCUGAACAAUAUUUCCAGGACUGCACAGAAAGCCUAUGCCGGUGCACUGGCUCCAUGGAGGAGUGUCUAUGUGUGGCCAUGGAGAGUUAUGCUAAGGCUUGUGCCAAUCAGGAUUCCCUGGUGGGUGACUGGAGGAAGGCUACAAACUGCACGAUAACGUGCCCCAACAAUCAGAGGUUUGACUACGACACACAGGCCUGUAAUCGUACCUGCCGGUCUCUGUCGGGCCCCGACCCAACUUGUGAGGUGGAUGAUGCCCCGGUGGACGGCUGUGGGUGUCCGGAGGGCAGCUUCCGGAAUGACCAGCAGACCUGCGUCUCUCAGCCAGAAUGUGCGUGUUACUACCAGGGAAUUGUCUUCUCAGGCUCUGACCCAACUUACAUCAAAGGGCAAAAAUGCACGUGUGAAAAUGGAAAAUCCAACUGUGCACCAAUAGAAGAGUGUCCUUCACCAAAGAUAUACGAGCACUGCUCACAUCCAUCUGGAAGUAUGGCAGCGAGAACGUGUGAAGCCCUGCAUAAGCCAAACAGUAAGGACUGUCAUGUCGGGUGUCGCUGUCCAGAUGGUCAAUACGAAGACAAUUAUGGCGCAUGUGUUACCCAGGAGAAAUGCACUUGCACAUUUGAUAAAAAAACAUACAACCCGGGAGACAAUGAACAAUCGAAGUGCCAGAGUUGCACUUGUACAAAUGGGACGUGGGACUGUAUAUCCCUGCCAUGUCCCGGGAAGUGCCAAGUGUUUGGAAACGGCUAUUACCAGACGUUUGACUCCAAGUGGUACCACUAUGAUGGGCAUUGUCAGUACACGCUGGUUCAGGACAACUGUGACACAAGCAACAGCACAUUCUCCAUCACCGUGGAGAGUGUUCCCUGCUGUGAUGCCAUGUAUACAUGUUCUCGCACUAUCAUGGUCAACUUCAAGGAUGAGGUUCAACUGAUGUUGCAGGACAUGAAUGUGACAGAGACAAGACGCAACCCUUCGUCUACUGCCUUUGCACCCUUUUACUCUGUCCACACUGUUGGCCUGUACAUCAUCAUCUCCAGCCCAGAAAUGGGCAUCAACAUCACCUGGGACAAGAACACCAGAGUGACCAUAAUGCUGGAUGAAAAAUAUAAGAGAAAGGUGUGCGGUCUCUGUGGAAACUUUGAUGACAACGAGGUGAAUGAUCUGGCAACACGAGCACUAGCACAGGUGACCAGUGAGCUGGAGUUUGGGAACAGCUGGAAAACUCACAGCCAGCCUUGUGCCGAUGCUGUCAAUGACACAUUCACCUGUGAUCGCGACUACUGCGCAGCCUGGGCAGAACAUCGCUGCCAAAUCCUCCUCAGUGACUCCUUCAAAGACUGUCACUCCAAGGUGGACCCUAAUUCAUACUAUACAGCUUGUGUGAGGGAAUCGUGCUCCUGUGAUUUUGAAGGAAAGUUCCUGGGUUUCUGCACAGCUGUAGCGUCCUACGCAGAAGCCUGCAGUGAUCACGGUGUCUGCAUUAGCUGGAGAACACCGGAUCUGUGCCCGGUUUUCUGUGACUACUAUAAUGGAAAGGACGAGUGUACCUGGCACUACCAAGCCUGCGGCCCAGUAAAAACCUGUGGAAAACCUUUCCCUUUUACUGGGAAGCUGGAAGGUUGCUACCCAAGAUGUUCAGAAAAUGAGGAAUAUUUCGAUGAGAACACAGGAAAAUGUUCCUCUUUACCAAACUGCACAUGCUACUGGAAUGGUACUGUUUAUCUCCCCGGUGAAUAUAUCCCAGGCAUGAACUGCUCCUCCUACUACUCCUCCUCCUAUUCAUACUACAACUGGGUCAACCACAACUGUGACUGUAUCAACCACGACUGGGUCAACCACAACUAUCACCAAGCCAACUACAACUGGAUUACUACAACUGGGUCAACUACGCCUUUCACUGAGACUGCCACAACUGGGUCAACCACAACUGUGACUGUAUCAACCACGACUGGGUCAACCACAACAAUCACCAAGCCAACUACAACUGGGUUAACCACGCCUAUCACUGAGACUACUACAACUGGGUCAACCACGCCUUUCACUGAGACUACUACAAUUGGGUCAACCACGCCUAUCACUGAGACUACUACAACUGGGCCAACCACGCCUAUCACUGAGACUACUACAAUUGGGUCAACCACACCUUUCACUGAGACUACCACAACUGGGUCAACCACAACUAUCACCAAACCAACUACAACUGGGUCAACCACGCAUACCACUGGGACUACUACAACCAGCUCAUCCACAACUGUGACUAAAUCCAGUACAACUCAGUCAUCCAGCACUGGAUAUUCAACAAUUUGCCCCCCCUGUCCAGAAACUGCGAAACCACAGUGCCCCAGAGGACUGCUAAGGAAUAUCUCUGAUGAUUGCUGCAGCAGAUGGACUUGUGACUGUCAGUGUGAUCUCUACGGAGAUCCCCAUUACAUCACCUUCCAAGGCACAGCAUAUGACAACUACGACAACUGCACUUAUAUCCUGGUGAAGGAGAAGGUGCCACAAUAUAAUUUCCUUGUUGCUGUGGACAACUACCUAGUCGAAUAUUUCACGGGCUCAUUUGUUAAGGGCGUCAUAGUGCAGUAUUACAAUACCAGCAUCACCCUAUAUGUAGAUGACAGUGAUAUCAAGUGUGAACUCAACCGCCAGACAAUAGUACCACCUUACAAAGAUCAGGAGGUCCGAUUUGAGACAUUUGAUUACAAGGUUAUUCUGUAUAUUGACAAAAUUCGCUCCAGCGUCUCCAUCUCAGAAAACGGUGACCUAACUGUUACCUUGGCAAUGGAAAACUUUGAGCAGAAUACUGAAGGACAGUGUGGUGUUUGUGCUGGAGCGUCUUGUGUGCGCAGCAAUGGAGUGGUCGAGAGCGACACGUGCUGUGGACCGACGUCUUCAUCGUGGGUGUAUGACGAUCCAGCAAAGCCUUACUGUAAACCCAAAGAUCUUCCUUGUUUUCCUACUACUCCUCCUCCUACCCACUGUUCACCUGACCCUCAGGGUGCAGAUCUCUGUAAUAUCAUUGAGGGCAGCGUCUUUGCGGACUGCAGAAAAAUAGUGGACCUGUCAUACAUUAAACGGAGCUGUGAAGCAGAUUUGUGCAUGAUGAAGAACAAGACUGGCCUCAAAUAUCUCUGCUCAGCGCUGAGCAAAGCGGCCGAGGAGUGUAACACACACCACGUCUGUGUAGAAUGGAGACACCUGACCAACGGAGUUUGUGAUGUCCAGUGUAAGAAAGGGAUGAUUUUUGAAGAGUGUCGUAACCAUAAUAAUGACUACUGUGAAGCAGGGCAACGUGAAUUAGGACGUCCCUUUCACCUUGACCAGGCUGGGUGCUUCUGCCCUGAACACAUGUUGUUGGAAGAUGAAAACUCUACGACAUGUGUCAACACAUGUCCACAUCAGUGCUGCAACGGUCCGCUUGGAGAACCUAAGCAGCCUGGUGACACCUGGGAGUCGAAUUGCCACACCUGCACCUGUAGUAACAUGAUGACUAUGAAGUGUGUACCCCUGCCUCCUCCUACCCCAGUCAUCUGCACAGACAACCAGAUGGCCAUCACCAGUAGCCAGGGAUGCUGGAAUACAACCAUAUGUGUUCCCAGGACCUGUCAGCAAAAUGGAAACGUGUAUCAGGUCGGUCAGAGUUGGAAGGACCCUCAUAAUCCAUGUGUUACUUACGUCUGUGAGAAGGAAGGACUGAAGACCAUAAUGAUGGUUUGUCAAGGAGCUGUGACCUGUGCAGAGGAGUUCAGGAUUUGGGACGCACAGCACUGCUGCUACAAUUGCAGUAGCGUGUGCUCUGUGACGACGUCACCCACUGUACUAUCCUCUGGAGGAUGCAAGGGAACAGUACAGCUCCCCACGUGCCAGGGCCAGUGUCAGUCAUCUUCAACGUGGUCAUAUUCAAAUGAUGUUUUCCAAAUGGGUGGGACCUGCGGCUGCUGCCAGGAAAAGAGCUCUGAAAUACGGAAAACACAGCUGACCUGCAGUGGCAACACAACAAAGACCUACGCUUACAGGCACAUCACGGCCUGCGAGUGCAAACUCUGCAAGGGGGAAGAGGGAAGCCGUUGGGUUUAGCAAUGACCCGGGUGAACGGCCCAGCGCUCUUUCAAAACCCUUUGGUCACCAUGGAAAUCUGUCUUCUUAACCUCCUCAAAUGUCACUUUUAUAAACAAAAGACAUUAUCCCCGGAAUAAUCAUAUCAUUUAGUUACGGUUUCAAGUUAUAUAUAAUUCGGGAAAUUAGUUUUGCAUAAUUAAGUCAUAAAAUAAAUCAUAUUAAUAUAUAUUGGUGUAUCGGUGGUGGAACCGCAAUAUCAUGCUGUGUCUUUUGAAAUUUUAAAUAAACCAUCUUUGCAUCUGU